AUUCUCCUAUAACACAGCACAACUGAUUUGUGCUGGGUGGAUACCUUCAUUCCAGAGCAAAUGGGCCCUCUUUUGGUUCUGAUAGCAACAGCUAUCUGUCAAGGCUCAGCUUCUCCCACCAUCUACCCUAAUCUUGACAUUCUGAGAGUGAAGCUAGGAGACUCAGUCAAAUUACUUUGCUCAGGGAAUUUCCCUGUUGAGUGGAUCGGUAUCCAGAAUGGGUCCACCGUGAUCAUGUACGACAAUGGCACCCUCUACGUGCCAGAGGCUAGUUGCAACCAGAUGGGAAGCUACCAGUGUGCUUAUAUCAACAAGCCAGAAGAGGGGAUUAGAACUAUAUAUGUGGCUGUGACAGAUCCUGACUCUGUGUGGUGUGGCCUUCAGAAUGUAUAUUAUUCUGUGGAAAGGGGCAGGGAUGCCUUGCUUCCGUGCCUGAUUGCCAACCCAAGAUUCACAGGCAACAUGACCCUCCUUAAAGACUCUUCUCCAGUUGACUCAGAAGUCUCAUUCAGACCUAAGGAAGGAAUAUGGAUUCACAAAGUAGACCUGAGUGAUAAAGGGUCCUAUGAGUGUAAAGCCCAGGUUCAAGAACAGUGGGUGAUUUCACCCAGACUUAUCCUUUCUAUUUAUGACAACCUUCAGCCUUUAACAGUUACUGUUGAAGGAAUAAAGGACCAAGUGCGGUUACAAGGAGAACCUUUCAACAUUUCCUGCAGAGUACAAUAUCACUCUUCUGAAUAUCAUGGCACAUGGAUCUGUCCCCCUACUGCAAACGCCAGCACGAAUGAGAUGGAAAUCGAUAUUGGAUUAGCUCAGUCAUACACAACUGAUUUUACCGUAUUCAUUCCAGCAGUGCAGUUACAAGACAGUGGAAAAUAUACUUGUCUUGGGGAAAUUUCUCAAACAGUUGUAAAUGCUUCGGUUACUCUCCAGGUACUAGAGAAAGGAUAUCUGCGUUUGUCCACAUUACAGAACAGAAUUCAGGAGACGAACAUGCAUCAAAACCUGAACCUUCAUGUGCUCAUUGACGCGUAUCCUAGACCUUCAACGUAUAGAUGGAUACAUGUAAACCCAUCAGGAAAGCCCACAAACAUUGGCCACAUGGUUUUUGGUCAUCAAAGACACAACAAUACACUCAGGCUGAAUUCGAUGAAGGAAAAAAACAGUGGCGAAUAUAUAUUUUUUGCAGACAAUGGGGAAGCCAAUGCAUCCAUUCAUUUUUACGUCUCCGUGAAAACUACACCAAAAAUUACAGCGUUGACCAACAUUUCCAGUGGUCUCCAAUGUGAAGUAACUGGCUAUCCUCCUCCACAUAUUCAGUGGUACAAAUUGCCCCCCAACAUUUAUAG